AGCCGUGAUUGGGAGAAGGGGGGGAGGGGAGCCAGGAGAGGAAACAAAAACAAUCGCCCGGGCGCCGCCAUCUUGGGUUCGUUCUGCACGCCACACAGUGAAUGGGUAGAUAUGAAAUUACCACAGGCGAGCAGCAACAGCAGUACGGUACGAAGGGCCGUUCGGAGCUGCCAGCUGGACGUUGGGGACGAUAAAGCCGGCUCCUUCGUCCGUCGCCGCCCAGAGAAAAGCUACGGGCUUGGCCUUUCACUUUCGCCGACCCCUAAACUCCGCUUCUGGGGAGGGCAAAGUUGGUGUGCGUCGCGCCGCCUGGGAGACGAGAGGGUCAGAGCCUGCAGCAGUUUCCUCAGAGCAAGGAGUGAGCCGGGGACAGAGCUAGGGGAGGGGGAGAAGAGGGGAUUCCCCUCCCCCCUUUCUAACCCUCUGCCCAGGGCUUGCCUGGUACGUGGUGUGGGAGGCACAAGGAAAAGGCAGUAAGAGUUCAUCAGGCGUUCAACCCCCCACCCAUUGGGGAGUUUUUCUUCCUACGAAAGCAAAAGUUGGACUGAGUGGGAAAUUGUCCAGGUUUGUCUCUUCUAACCACGUUGGGGGCAGGGAGAAAAAAUGUAUCCGUGAGGAGUUGGGAGAGGGGUGUGCAUCAAACAGAAGAGCCACAAGUCCAGCUCACAGGAGAAAGAAAGCUGUCACCAGCCCGGCAAACACGGAGAUACUGGCCACAUCCAACCAAUCAUGUGUAUAUAAUAUUGAUACCCUCUCCACCUCCAUAGAAGCGGAAUUCUCCUAGAAGCACAGCAAUCAAGGAAGAAGAGACUUGCCACGAGCCCAUAGAUGACCCUCCUUCCCAGCGGCUGGAGACUGCAUUUUUUUUCAGCCACUCUUCACUGUUUAAACACCAAAUAUAGUCUCUUGGAGAGAAUUCUUAAAGGAGUUUGAAAUUCUGUGUAGAGGCAAGAAUGUCUGAAAUGUACAGCCUGUGUUGAACGGACAAGGAGAGGAUCGUGAAAGUAGGAGGGAGGUGGGGGGAGAGAAGGGGAAACGUGUGUCUUUCUUUGACUGAAGGGAAGCCCAGAGAUUUACCUUUGUGGAACUGUGAAGGCUUGUUUGUUACAAGCUGUUGUUUCUCUCCCCGUCCUUUUCUUCUGGUCACUCUACAGCUCCCAGCAUUAUUAAACAUUACUGUUGCCCACGUGUGGCUGGUAACUUACUUUAGACAAUUUUAUAAAGAAACUGACAAGUUUACUAUUCUCUCUCUGUGGCUUACUUGUUUUUGAGUUUAGAAACGGAGAUGGAACUACUUGCUCAAACACUACAUGUAUAACGGGAGUGAGGCCGAAAAUAUAUUGUUUACUAGUUUCAGUACAACUUGCCCAGUCCUACACGACGAGGGAUACUUUACAGAGCUUGACGUGGGGAAAAAAGCUGAACUGUGCUCUGAGACUCGGUUCUUUUCCUAAAAGACGGUUUCCGCUGUUGACUUUUUAUGGAUUCUUAACGUGUGUAUGUGGGGUUUUUUUUUCCCCCCUGAAUUGCAUUUUUCCAUCAUUUGUACAGAAGCCAAAUGACACGUGUAUUUUGAAAUGUUUCUCCAAACAUAUACACCCCUGUAUCGGGGAUCUCAUUAGAAGGAGCUGGAGGGGUCGUCAGAAUCUAAAUAUGUCUGAUUUUGUUUUAUGAACACUCUAAACUCCAAAUAUGUUGGCUUAGAUUGCUUUAUAACGGUUAAAUUUAAAGGUGGGUUUUUUCUAAUUGGAAGAACCAGGAAACUCGACAGUAGAAACACCACCUAUAUGUUCUAACUGUAUUUCGAAAAUGGGAGCUGCUACCAAGUUGGCGUUUGCUGUUUUUCUGAUCUCUUGUUCUUCAGGUGCCAUACUAGGCAGAUCAGAAACACAGGAGUGCAUCUACUAUAAUGCUAAUUGGGAAAAGGAUAAAACGAAUCGCAGUGGCAUUGAACCUUGUUAUGGUGAUAAAGAUAAAAGACGACACUGCUUUGCUACAUGGAAGAAUAUUUCUGGAUCAAUUGAUAUUGUGAAACAAGGUUGUUGGCUGGAUGAUAUCAACUGUUACGAUAGGACUGAUUGUAUAGAAAAGAAAGACAGCCCUGACGUGUUCUUCUGUUGCUGUGAAGGCAACAUGUGUAAUGAACGUUUUUUCUAUUUUCCAGAGAUGGAAGUAACACAGCCCACUUCCAAUCCUGUUACACCUAAACCACCUUUGUUCAAUACUCUGCUUUACUCGUUGGUGCCUAUAAUGGGAAUUGCGGUGAUCGUAUUGUUUUCAUUUUGGAUGUACAGACAUCAUAAGCUAGCAUAUCCUCCAGUACUUGUACCAACCCAAGACCCUGGCCCACCACCACCUUCACCCUUGAUGGGUCUGAAGCCUCUGCAGUUGUUAGAGAUAAAAGCUAGAGGAAGAUUUGGUUGUGUAUGGAAAGCUCAGUUGCUAAAUGAGUAUGUUGCUGUCAAAAUAUUCCCAAUCCAGGACAAACAGUCAUGGCAAAAUGAGUAUGAAAUUUACAGCUUGCCUGGAAUGAAGCAUGAAAAUAUCUUACAAUUCAUUGGUGCAGAGAAGCGAGGCACCAGCAUUGAUGUAGAUCUAUGGUUAAUUACAGCAUUUCAUGAAAAGGGUUCAUUAACUGACUUUCUCAAGGCAAAUGUGGUUUCUUGGAAUGAGCUGUGUCAUAUUGCUGAAACUAUGGCUAGAGGUUUGGCUUACCUUCAUGAGGAUAUACCAGGUCUGAAAGAUGGACAUAAACCUGCUAUAUCCCAUAGGGACAUCAAAAGCAAGAAUGUGCUGUUGAAAAACAACCUUACAGCUUGUAUUGCUGAUUUUGGUCUAGCUUUAAAGUUUGAGGCUGGAAAGUCUGCAGGUGACACACAUGGACAGGUUGGUACACGAAGGUAUAUGGCUCCAGAAGUAUUAGAAGGUGCGAUAAACUUCCAAAGGGAUGCAUUUCUGAGAAUAGAUAUGUAUGCCAUGGGAUUAGUCCUGUGGGAACUGGCAUCCCGAUGUACUGCGUCAGAUGGACCAGUGGAUGAGUACAUGUUGCCAUUUGAAGAGGAAAUUGGCCAGCAUCCAUCCCUUGAAGACAUGCAGGAAGUUGUAGUGCACAAAAAGAAGAGGCCUGUUUUAAGAGAGUGCUGGCAGAAACAUGCUGGAAUGGCAAUGCUCUGUGAAACAAUAGAAGAAUGUUGGGAUCAUGAUGCAGAAGCCAGGUUAUCAGCUGGUUGCGUAGAAGAACGGAUUAUUCAGAUGCAAAGACUGACUAACAUUAUAACAACAGAGGACAUUGUGACAGUGGUCACAAUGGUGACAAAUGUUGACUUUCCUCCCAAAGAAUCCAGUCUAUGAUAGUUGCACUGGUUAUGCAUUCUGACCAACAGGACUCUGAACUGGAGCUGCUAAAGCUAAUGAGACUGCUUACGGUUGUUACUUUCUGUGUGAAAUGAGGAGUGGUAAGUUUUUUGGGAAUGUCAAUAAGGAGACUUUUUUUCCAAACAUGAAUACAUGAGACUUUACUGCAUUCCCGUCCUGAAGGACAUUUGACCUGAGAAGUGGCAAAAUAUUGUUAAGGAUCUUAAAUGAAGAAUAUGGACCUAUCCCGGCUAAUCAAGUGUUUUAAAAACUGACAUCAGAUUUCUUAAUAUCUGUCAGAAGAGACUAAUUCCUUAAAUGAACUACUGCUAUUUUUUUUAAAUCAAACAUUUCAUUUCAGAUUUAAAAAAAGGGUAACUUGUUUUUAUUGCAUUUGCUGUUGUGUUUAUAUAAAUGACUAUUGUAAUGGCAAUAUGACACAGCUUGUGAAUGUUUAGUGUGCUGCUGUUAUAUGUACAUAAACAAAAGUAAUCAAGUGGGAUAUAGCAAAGAGGCUUCCAAGCAUUACUUUAACCUCCCUCAACAAGGUAUACCUCAGUUCCACGUCUGCUAAAUUAUGAGAUUGACAACACUAACAAUUUGAAUAAUAAAUUGAUCCAUGUUUUGUAAA